UCGCCAGCGGUCCGCUGCUUUUUUCGGACCCCAGCGACGCGCCUCUGCACGCUUUCUAUUGGCCGGUUUCCUGACCGGCUCCGCCUCUCGCCUGAAGAAACGAGGGUGUGUUUUGAUUGGGUCAGCUGAGGGGAGGUCAGCCCGCUUCCGGGUGCGUGGUCAUGGUGACCGUGGUUGCCAGGAGGACCUGCCACAAAGGGAAGCUGAUGGAACUCGCCUCCAUGGUGGUCCUGCCGCUGCUGUUGGGCGGCCUGGGCAUCUACAGCGUCUUCCGGCUGCUGCAGCGGAUGCGGGCCAAAGCCUACCUCAAAGACGCGGUGGUGGUGAUCACUGGAGCCACUUCAGGCCUCGGGAAAGAAUGUGCCAAAGCUUUCCACGCUGCUGGGUCGAAACUGGUGCUGUGCGGUAGGAACGGCGAGCGGCUGCAGGAGCUGUUGCGGGAGCUCUCUGACACGGGCGGUCACCCCAAGAACCCCCAUAACCAUCACACCGUGACCUUUGACCUCUCAGACACCAAAGCUGUGGUCAGCGCCGCAGAGGAGAUCUUGGAAGCGAUGGGCCAUGUGGACAUCUUGGUCAACAAUGCCGGGAUCAGUUAUCGAGGCACCAUAGCGGACACGGUGGUGGAGGUGGACCGGAAAGUAAUGGAAACCAAUUACUUUGGCCCCAUUGCGUUGACAAAAGCCCUCCUGCCCUCGAUGAUCAAGAGGAGGCAAGGACACAUCGUGGCCAUCAGCAGCAUCCAGGGCAAAAUUGCCAUCCCCUUCCGCUCUGCCUACGCCGCCUCCAAGCACGCUACCCAAGCCUUUUUUGACUGCCUGCGAGCGGAAGUGGAGCAGUACGGUCUUGACGUGACGGUCGUGAGUCCUGGCUACAUUCAGACAAACUUGUCACUGAACGCCAUCACGGGAGACGGGUCCCAGUAUGGAGUGAUGGACAAGACCACCAGCCAAGGCCAGGGAGCCGCAGAGGUAGCUCAGGAGGUCCUCAGCGCCGUGGGGAAGAGGAAGGAGGAGGUCCUGGUUGCGGGGCUCACACGUAUGGAUUAUGCAUCCUGCCCCCCACUCUACAUUACAUGGAAAAACAGUAGAGCACAAAGUGGCUACAUCAGGCAGCACAAACAUGCCUCGAUUUAUAAAGAGAAGCCAGGAAUCCUAGAGCCUUGCAUCCCCAUGCGACAUCAUCAUACAGAGAGUGAAUGCUUGGAACAAGCUGCAGUUGGUCGUGGAACAGCAAACUGA